AUGUUGGUGAUCAAUACCCUGUCCAAACCCGAAUUACUCGCACCCGAGCCUUGCGCCAACACGCUCCACCCCCACCGGAUGACAUCCCACAGACUUCCGCAUGAUAGUAUUUCAGGCCCAAUUUUAUCGGAGAAGGCAAAUAUUCUGGUGUGGACUUACUCCAUGGUCGAUCGCCACAAAAGACAGAAUCAGAAGGCCUUUCACGGUACAGACGUUCAAGACAACGGGCGAACAUGGGGGACCAGCGGAAAAUCUUCUGUCCUCAAGGUUGUGGGGCUGUUCAAGAGAAAGCCAGGAAUAUCUGUGGAAGCAUUCAGGGAAUAUUAUGAGAACAAGCAUGCGAAGUUGUUCGAUCAGCACGUGGCACUUCCGGGUGUGUUGCGAUUUUCUCGCCGUUACCUAACACAGAUUGACGGGAUGUCCUCACCACUUCCAACGACCACCGGCGGCUAUGAUGUUAUCAUGGAGGUGUGGUACAAGGAUGCCAAGUUAUUUGAGUCUCUGAGGAAUAAGCCGGACCCAGAGUUCACCAAGAUUGCAAUUGAGGACGAGGAACAAUUUCUUGAUCGGAAUUCGAUGACCAUGUAUCUCUCAGAGGAUGUCGAGAGCAAGGAUGGGCCAUGGAAUGUAUAA